CAGACAAUUCGUUUCUUCUCACCUGAAGAUCCUCGCAGUUUCCCACAUGAAGUUUGCAGUGGCAUUAUUGCUCUGCGCCUUCGUGGCAGCAGCGUCAGGCCAGUACGAAUGGUUCAGGGUAGUUCUUCCUCAGUAUUACUCCUCCUGCAGAGACGUUAAGAUUACCAGUGGACAAACCAUCUCAGUCAGCAGUCAAUCGCUAAAGUGCGUUAGAGCUCUUUGCAACGACAAUCCGGCGAAUACUUUGGACAUCACCUGUUCCUUCACGUAUCCCUGCUUCAACAACAGAAUUUUAAGCACUUGCACCGCGAAGAAAUCGCUAUCAACAACAACCAACUGGGCGAGGCUCUACUCCUUCUAUUUGUUCCGUUGCUCUGUGACCUGCGUGCGUGACAUACCUCCUGUAGGCGCUACAACAACCGUUGCAACAACGACUACAGUCCCGACAACAACUGAAGCCACGACAACUGAAGCCACGACAACAACUGAAGCCACGACAACAACUGAAACCACGACAACAACUGAGGAGAUUAUUGAACCUGUCACUAAUUCUGAUUGAGGAGCUGUUUGUCCACAAGGCGUUGCUGGGUUUAUAAAUAUGGGCCAUUCUCAGUACUAAAAUUUAACGAUCAGGAUCUUUUUUAACACUUCAUUCUAUUCAAAACCUUUACUUAGGACACGAACUCACGUCCGCUCAGGUGGUCGGGGCUUCGAUGCGUUAUUCCUAGUGUUGUAUCUCAGGAGUAACGCUAAGGUCGGCUUCUGGCCAGCAAAAUUAUUUCCUUGAUGCUUCAGUUCACAGUUUCGAUGGCUAUAAAUUUUAUGUGCACACCCUAAGGCAAGAAUAAAUAAUCUAUUAAUGCA